CAUCAUCUCCUUCUAUUCACCAAAGUCAAUGGACCAGAAGCUUCUGUUAAUAGGUGGUCAAGCAUGGAGAUAAUCAACCUCUGGACCAUGUUUGGUAUAUUUUGUGGAAUUUUGAGUUGGCCUGCCUGGAUCAUGUUAAAUGUCCUCCCCAUCCCAGUUUCCUCAAGCUCAUUAGGAAAAGAAUUUGUCACUGCAUUCAUGCAAAAUGGUUUUCCACAAAGGUUCCAGGGAAACUUUAAGCUUCUCAUCACAGGUUCUGUUCAGUCCACAUCUGUUACUAUCUCCAUGAAACAACCCACACUGAGGGUAACAGUCAUCGUGAACACUGGUGAAAUAAUGUCAGUGAAAAUCCCACCAGAGGCUGAGAUGGUUGGAAGCAAUAUUUUUGACAAUACACUCGUCAUCAGGGCUAACAAUGAUAUCUCCAUCCUUUCCUUUUCCGACAAACCACACUCAACUGACACCACUAUUGUCUAUCCCAUAACAAGCUUGGGUACUGAAUAUUAUGUUAUUACACCAAAUGUGGGUACCGAUCAGUACAGACAAUUUGCCAUUGUAGGCUGGGCUGAACCCACAACAAUUGAUGUCUACCUGAAAGGUCCUGUUACUUUCCAAGGAAAAAACUAUUUACGAGGAAGCAAGUUGACCAUUUCACUUCAACCUUAUCAGGCUGCUCAGUUCCAAGGCCAGGUGGACCUCUCUGGUACUAAAAUAGUCUCCCAGAAACCAGUGGCUGUCUACAGUGGACAUACAUGUGUCUCUAGGCAAGUCCAGUGUGAUCAUGUCCUUGAACAGCUUUUGCCCGUUUCCAGCUGGGGCACUAAGUUCAUCGUUCCCUCUUUACCUUUUAAUACAGAGUAUGACAUUGUGUAUGUUUCUGCUUCCCAAAAUACUUAUGUUGAUGUUCAGGCCGGACAAACCAAGAAUGUCAGGAAUUUGCAUGCUGCCCGGGUAGCAUACUAUGGCAUUCAAGGCACAACUGCAAUGCCCAUCACAGCUAGUUCUGGCAUCCAAGUUAUGUUUUUCAAUGAUGGUGGCACCCUUGGGAAUCUUAAAUAUGAUCCAUUCUUCAUGGCAAUACCUGAUAUCUCCAGCUACUGUCUGGCUUAUAACAUCUAUGGAGAUAACCAGUUUGAGAAUUACGCCCUGAUCAUUGCCAAAUCUUCAGAGAUUUCUGGGAUCACUGGGAACAAAAGGCCAUUGCAAGGUCUGCAAUGGAAUCAAGUUUCUGGCACCGAUUACUCCUGGACUUCCCACCACUUAGACCGAAGACAUAUCAUCUACACAAUAGAACAUCCCAACUCCCCCUUUGGGGUGCUGAGUGUUGGAAUUGGAAAUGGAAAAGCUUACGGUUCUCCUGCUGUUUGUGCAAAUGCUCACAUCUGCCCAGUGAACAGCCACUAUGAAGCCUGUGGAAAUGCUUGCCCAGAUACCUGCUCCGAACCAUCAGCCUCCUUCUCCUGUACCCUGAAUUGUGUGCCAACAUGCCAGUGCAACAAUGGUUAUGUCCUCAAUGGCAACCAGUGUGUCCCUAUUGAAAGCUGUGGCUGUGUCUACAAUGGCCUCCAUUAUGAACCCGGAGAGGAAUUCUGGGAAGAUGAGAAUUGCCACUCCCGCUGCAAAUGUGACCUCAGCCAGGGGACUGUAAACUGCUGGAAGGCCAGUUGCAAGGCCAGUGAAAAAUGUACCACGGUUAAUGGUAUGCACCACUGCAAAAGGCUGGCUUACUCCACCUGCACUGGAACUGGAGACCCUCACUAUACCACCUUUGAUGGAAGGAAGUAUGACUUCCAGGGUAGCUGUGUUUAUCAGAUGGCUGGGGUCUGCUCUAAGGAUUCCCCUCUUACCCCCUUUUCAGUGACAGUAGAAAACAGCAACCGAGGCAGUAAGACAGUGUCCUUCACCAAGGUAGUGACUCUGGAGGUCUACAAUGUGACUCUCAGCCUGAGCCAAAAGCAUCCUCAAAAAAUUCAGGUCAAUGGAGUCUUUAUCGAUCUACCCUUCUCCUAUGAAAAUAAACUGAGCGUCUACCGGAGUGGAGUCCACGGCUUCAUCAAGACAGACUUUGAACUGGAAGUCAGUUUUGACUGGUACAGCUAUGCCAGGGUCAUCCUUCCCAACACUUAUGCCAAUGCAAUCUGUGGCCUCUGUGGUAAUGCCAAUCAAGAUCCAAAGGAUGACUUCCUCAUGAAAGAUGGAACACAAGCUAAGGAUGAAAUUCAAUUUGCAAACAGCUGGAAAGUGAAGGAUGUCCCAGGGUGCUCAACAGGAUGUACUACUAACUGCUCAAUCUGCAAAGAUGAGCAGAAACAAAUCUACAAGGGGGACCAAUUCUGUGGCAUCCUUAUCAGAAAGAAUGGGCCAUUCAGGCAAUGCUAUAAGAUUCUUGACCCAACAUCCUAUUUUGAUGAUUGUGUCUUUGAUACCUGUGUGUACAAGGGCCAUCAUGACACUCUCUGUGGUGCCAUCAGUGCCUACGUGACAGCCUGCCAAGCUCUGGGCAUCCAACUUAAGCAGUGGAGAUCAGCUUCAUUCUGCAGCAUUCCCUGCCCACAUAAUUCCCACUAUGAACUCUGUGGAAAUAGCUGCCCGGCCACUUGUCAUAAUCAUUCAGCCUCAGAAACAUGUGAAGCUCCAUGUGUAGAAGGAUGUUUUUGUGACUCUGGAUUCAUUCUCAGUGGAGAUCAAUGUAUUCCUCUCGCUGAGUGUGGCUGUAUGCAUCAGGGCAGAUACUACAAAAAGGGAGAGGAGUUCUACCCAACCCGCUCUUGCGAGGAGAAGUGUCAUUGUAUGGACAAUGGAGCCAUUGAGUGCCACCAAUUCUCUUGUGGUGCUUAUGAGGUGUGCAGGAUGGAAAAUGGAAUCCAAGAUUGUCAUCCUCUGGGAUAUGUAACAACUAUAGUUACUGGUGACCCUCAUUACAUUUCUUUUGAUGGGCGAAGUUUUCAUUUCCAUGGCUCUUGCACUUACAUCUUAACCAAAGUAUGUAGCGAGGAUCCUCGAUUAGUGCAAUUCUCUGUGCUGGUGGAGAAUGAGAAGCUUGAACACUGGCAUGCAUCUAUAACAAGAAAAGUGAUGAUCUCAGUUCAAGGACAUUCUAUUGUCCUUGAAAGGGGAAUAAAGUGGAAGGCUAUGAUGAAUGGAGAGUACUAUACAUUGCCAAUGAGCACAGUUGAUGGGAAGCUUUGGAUCACACAGGAGGGGAACAACAUCAUUGUCCAGUCACCGUUUAUUCUCAGAGUGCUCUAUGAUACUUCUUCAUAUGUUCAUGUGUCAGUCCCCAGCUCAUAUCAUGGGCACCUCUGUGGUUUAGGUGGCAACUUCAAUAGUGAUCAGAGUGAUGAUUUUAUGCUGCCUAAUGGAAAAGUAACUCAAAGCAUGGAUGAGUUUGGUGCUUCCUGGAAAGUUCCUGUGAAUGGCGUCACAUGCUCUGAUGGCUGUGGGGAGACAUGCCCCACCUGCAAUGCCAUCCAGACAGCACCAUAUGAAGCUGAGAGUUCUUGUGGAAUGAUCCAGUGCAAGACAGGUCCAUUUAAAGACUGCCACCCAUUGGUUAGCCCUGUUGACUACUUAAGACAUUGCCUCCAUGACAUGUGUUUGACUAAUGGAGAAGGAGAAACUUUGUGUCAAAGUCUUCAGGCCUAUACAGUUGCAUGCCAGCUAGCUGGAGCCAAUGUUGGAGCUUGGAGAACAGCCUCCUUCUGUUCUCUCCCCUGCCCGGCUAACAGUCAUUAUGAGUUGUGUACCCGAACCUGUGAUUUCACCUGUGCUGCCUUAUCUGCUCCAACUCACUGCACAGGAGAAUGUUUUGAAGGCUGCGAAUGUGACAACGGCUAUGCAUUUGACGGGGAGGAAUGUGUGCCUAUGGAUAAGUGCGGAUGUGUUUAUGAGAGGCGCUACAUCAAGGCAGGGGAGACAAUCUUAUCCAAUGACUGCUCCGAGAAGUGCACUUGCCACCCAUCUAGCCAGCUCAUCUGUGUCAAGAACCGCUGCGCUGUGGGAGAGACUUGUAUGCCCACAGCCAAGGGGUAUGGCUGUGUAAGACAGGAAGGCCAAUGCACUCUGAUCCCAGGCGCAUGGCUCAGCUCCUUUGAUGGUGUCACAGGGAAGCUUAUCACCAGCGGUGCUUACAAGCUUGCAUCCUACUGUGAGGAGGACUCACCCUCCUGGUUUAAACUGGUGGUGGAUUUCAAUGACUGUAACCAUGACAUGGUGCCUGCUGCUACAGCAGUCUACAUCUUCUUCCGGGAAGCGUUCAUCACAGUGACUAACCUCAAGGAGACUUGGGUCAAUGGACUCUUGGUCCAGCUCCCACACAAUGUCUCCACAGCCAUCUCCAUCACUGAAUCUCAGGACAGCAUUGUCAUCAAUCAAAACUCCCAGCUACAAGUUCUCUACAGUCCCAAUGGCAAAGUAACAGUGAAGGUCACCAGCAACAUGGCAGGGAAGCUAUGUGCUCCUUGUGGGAACUUUAACAACGACUCUUCAGAUGACUUAAGGCUACCGAAUGACCAGAUUGCAAAUAACAUUGCUGAGGUGGUUGAUGCCUGGAAGGCCAGGGAUUUCUUGGGGUGCUACUAAUUCCCAAGAGGCCUGUUGCUGUUUAGAAUGAUUGCUUCCUGUUCCAAGGACAGACCAGCUAUGAUCCCUCCCUUGCCAUUAAGCCUCUUUGGGUGUCACUUACUAGGAAGGAACCUCAACGGAGCAUUACAGAACUAUAUUCGCUUCCUCCCCAUUGCUUGGAGAGAGUCUACCAACCUGUUCCACCUCCACUUAUUUACACAUUCCGAUACUGUCACCGAAGUCUGUUGCUACCUGAUAUGCUACCAGAGUCAUGUGGUUUUGUGUUGAGAAAGUUGUGGAGAGACAUAGAAUAUUUAUAGCAAGAGACGGCUAGGUGUCCUUUUUACUACUGAAUGGCAUUUCCACAGUGGGAUGAAUAAUAGCCAGAAUCAGACCCAGGGCCUCAGUUCACAGGUGCAUAUUUUUUCCCAUUCUCUCUCUCUCUCUCUCUCUUUCUCACACACACACUUCUUGGAAAGCAUGAAUGUCAUCAGCUCAACACUGUCAAAGUUCUUCUUUCUUCCCACUAUCUAGGACAGUGUUGUCCAAAC